CCGCUUUUUGGCAUCUGUCUCGAUCUGGCAACCCCACACUGGAUGACAAACAGUUCUGUUCGUUUUGCAAAAUAAACUUGUAAAUUAAUAUAUUCGUGAACAAUGGCGCGCCGCUAUGAUUCCCGCACCACGAUCUUCUCGCCGGAGGGUCGCCUCUACCAGGUGGAGUACGCCAUGGAGGCCAUCUCCCACGCCGGCACCUGCCUGGGCAUCCUGGCCGAGGACGGCAUCCUCCUGGCCGCCGAGUGCCGCAGCACAAACAAACUGCUCGACAGCGCCAUUCCCUCGGAGAAGAUCUACCGCCUGAAUGAGAACAUGGUCUGCUCGGUGGCGGGCAUCACCUCCGAUGCCAACGUGCUGACCGCCGAGCUGCGGCUGAUCGCCCAGCGCUACCAGUUCAGCUACGGCGAGGUGAUUCCCUGCGAACAGCUCGUCUCGCACCUGUGCGACAUCAAGCAGGCGUACACGCAGUACGGCGGCAAGCGGCCCUUCGGCGUCUCGCUGCUCUACAUGGGCUGGGACAACAAGUACGGCUACCAGCUGUACCAGUCGGAUCCCAGCGGCAACUACGGUGGCUGGAAGGCCACCUGCAUCGGCAACAACUUCGGGGCGGCCAUCUCCAUGCUGAAACAGGAGCUGGCCGACAAGGAGAACGUGAAGCUGACGUUGGAGGACGCCAAGGAUCUGGCGGUCAAGGUGCUCAGCAUGACCCUGGACACCACCAAGCUGACGCCCGAGAAGGUCGAGAUGGCCACGCUGCAGCGCGUGGACAACAAAACCGUCUACAGUGUCCUGGAGAAGCCCGAUGUGGAGAAGCUGAUCGAGAAGUACAACAAGGUGCAGGCGGAGGCCGAGGCUGCCAAGAAGGAGAAGCAGGCGAAGCAGCCGGCCAACUAA